UGCCCUGGACACCAUAUGUAUCUGGAGGAGGAGAUCAAGUCCAAGGUGGACCAGAUCCAGGACAUCGUGACCGGGAACCCCACGGUCAUCAAGAUGGUGGUGAGCUUCAACCGUGGAGCCCGUGGUCACAACACGCUGAGGCAGCUGCUGGCGCCUGUUGUCAAGGAGAUCAUCGAGGACAAGGGCCUGGGCAUCAACACCAACCCUGUGGAUGUGUACAAGGCCUGGGUCAACCAGCUGGAGACCAACACUGGAGAGGACAGUAAACUGCCCUACGAGGUGACCCCGGACCAGGCCAUGUCACACAAGGAGGUGCGCGCCAAGCUGGAGUCCUCCAGUCAGGCGCUGCGGACGGCCACAGACAAAGUGCUCAACUCCAUUGUGUCGUCACUGGAUAACAUCCCCUAUGGCAUGAGAUACAUUGCAAAGGUCCUAAAGCAUUCCCUUCAUGAAAAGUUCCCUGACGCUACAGAGGAUGAGUUGUUGAAGAUUGUAGGGAACCUGCUGUACUACCGCUACAUGAACCCAGCCAUAGUGGCUCCGGACGGCUUCGACAUCAUCGACAUGUCAGCCGGAGGUCAGCUCCACUCUGACCAGCGUCGUAACCUGGGCUCCGUGGCCAAGAUGCUGCAGCAUGCCGCCGCCAACAAGCUGUUCGAGGGAGAGAAUGCCCACAUGACCUCCAUGAAUAACUACAUCUCCCAGACAUACCAGAAGUUCAGGGGUUUUUUCCAGGCUGCGUGUGACGUCCCCGAGCCAGAGGAGAAGUUUAACGUGGAUGAGUACUCUGACAUGGUGACUCUGAGCAAGCCUGUCAUCUACAUCUCUAUAGAUGAGAUCAUCAACACACACUCGCUGGUGUUGGAGCACCUGGAGGCCAUCUCCCCCGACCACAACGACCUGCUGCAUGAGCUGCUGGAGGACCUGGGGGACGCGCCUGAUGUGGAGGCACUGCUGGGUGAAGGAGCCGUGGAUCCUAACCAUCCCAACAAGGAGAGCACCCUGAGUCAGCUGGCUAAGACGGAGAUCUCCCUCACACUCACCAGCAAGUUUGAGCUUCUGGAGGGAGAUGACAAGGACACGAAAGGCCUGAUGAUGAAGACUAAGAAGCUGAUAGUAGAUGUGAUCAGGAUCCAGCCAGGAGAGACUCUCCCAGAGACCCUUGAGACCCCGGCCUCUGCCCUCCAGGAGUGUGAGCAUUCUAAGGUGGUGGCGCUGCGUGCGGUGCAGGACGCCCAGACCCCAGAGGGGCUGAAGAGCAGCCAGGCGGUGCUGGAGGACAGACAGCUGCCUCUAGAGCAGAAGAAGAGGAAGAUCCUGCGCAACCUCCGAACCCUGGAGCAGGCUGGCCUGGUCACCGCUAGCAACAAGUACCAAGACCUCAUCAACGACAUCGCCAAGGACAUUCGUUACCAGAGACGCUACAGACAGAGGAGGAAGGCGGAGCUGGUGAAGCUCCAGCAGGCACUGAGCGCGCUUAACUCCAAGACAGCCUUCUAUCAGGACCAGACCAACUACUACGACACUUACAUCAAGACCUGCCUCGACAACCUCAACAGGAAGAACACGCGGCGGUCCAUCAAGCUAGAAAGGAAGGUGGAGGAGAAGGGCAGUAAGAAGUGGAAGCAUCAGUCUCUGAAGUACACAGCUGCCCGACUGCAUGAGAAGGGAGUGAUCCUGGAGAUAGAGGGGCUGCAGACCAACCAGUUCAAAUAUGUAAUGUUUGACAUCUCUCCCAGUGAGGAAGUUGGGGACUUUGAGGUGAAGGCCAAGUUCAUGGGAGUUGAGAUGGAAAAGGUCCAACUCCAUUUCCAGGAUCUGCUCCAGCUGCAGUACGAGGGAGUGGCGGUGAUGAAGAUGUUUGACAAAGCCAAAGUCAACAUCAACCUGCUCAUCUUCCUCCUCAACAAGAAGUUCUAUGGAAAAUGAGGGAUCAUUAAACCAAAGGUGGAGGGGAAAAGAUUAAGUGGGCAUAGGUGUGAAAGAAUUGUGUGCCUUUUGACAAAGCAACAUUUGGUAUAGGAUGUUUGAAUGGUGGUUAACGUGUUAUGUAUGUCUGACUGGCCAUCCUCAGGCUGGUGAGCUAAACACACCCACGCACAUGCACGCACACACCCUCAGGCUGGUGACCCACACACACAUUUGAUUAAUCACUUUAUACCAAAAUUAAGCUCACAUUGAAAUGGGUUUGUUGCUUGUAUUGUCAUGUUAUAUCUGUUGCUUAAUUAUAGAAUUUUUUUUCAUGUUCAGUUUUCCACUGGGUAAUUAAUUGUACAUGGAAUAUAUUUUUCAUAAGUAUAUUAUAAUGGCAUUUACAUUUUAUAUGUAGAAGUUAUAUACAGUGCAUUCGGAAAGUAUUCAGACCUAAAU